AUGGUGGGAUUUUGCUGCAUCGCUCUGCGGCCUCCGCUCCAAGAACUGUUUGAGCAGUGGAAUUUGCUGAGGAUCGUCGUGUCCUGCAUUGUGAGAUUCCCAAUGAAUUUUUUGGCGGGUUCUUUGAGAACAGCCAAAACAAAGGUGGGGUUUUUCGUUGUGGCGCUGACCUCUCUGUACUGUUAUUAUGGAGACCGAAGUAGACAGGGGGAAACAGAGGAAAAGGGAUACCGGAGUACAUUGAGACUGAUUUACUUUGAGGCAUUUGCUUUGAUGUCCUUGAGCUUAUCAACACAAGCACAUUCAGGACUCAAGCUUGAUACCUCCAAUUUCCUUCUAAUAUGUCUGGUACUCGGUAUCAUAAAAAAGAACUUCAUGGCUGGUGUGGUUGUGGCAGUUCUAUGUUACAUGGCUAUGAGUAGUCUCCCCUGUUCUGAUUCCCGGCAGGAACAGGGCCGUCGUGGCGGAGGCGAAUCAGAGGACAUCAUCGUUCUUGGGGACAGCUUACUUGAGGAGGCGCCGCAGAGCAAGUCUCAAGCUUGUGAAGGCGACUUGCACUGAACCUUACAGGAAUUUGGAAUGGUGGGUUUUGAGGAACACGCUGUCAUCGAUCCUUGCAAGACAAAUCAGUUUGAAGACAUUAAAUUAUGUGUCUUUGUCAGCCACAGAGUACUCGAAUUUGUUAAGCCCGGAGAGGAACUUGACAAGAGCGCUUCAACGUCUGAGAUUCCAUAAUCCAUGGUCAACUGAAUCCAGACUACGUCUGCCGCAGUUGAUGGGUCCCGAUGAUGAAUAAAAUGAUUUUGUUCCUAAAAAUAGUAA